GGCUUGGAGCAGGUGCCGAGUGGUAACUUUCUGUGCACAGAAAGGUCUGCCUACUUUGUGGCUUUCCAGUCUGAUUAGAGAAGUCUGUGGUGCUUAGCUUCUUUUAAAAUCUAUUUUAAUAGUAAUUUUGUGUAUCAGUGCUUGCUGAGGAACACAGGAGUCCAUACAGACAGCUUGCUGAAGUGAUCCAGAUACAGUAACAUGGAUAGGGACGAAGAAAACUACUAUGGAAAACACGGUGAACCAAGGAAAUUUGACCCAAAGUUCAGAGGACCUAUUCACAACAGGCACUGUACAGAUGUUAUUUGCUGUGUGAUCUUCAUAGCUGUCAUUCUGGGUUACAUAGCAUUAGGAAUUGUUGCUUGGGUGCACGGUGACCCCAGGAAAGUGAUUUAUCCAACUGACAGCUAUGGGCAGUUCUGCGGUCAGAAAGAUACCCUCAAUGAGAACAAGACCCUUUUGUUUUACUUUAACAUUCUGAAAUGUGCCAGCCCCGUAGUGUUAAUAAACCUACAGUGCCCUACAACACAGCUCUGUGUCUCAAAGUGCCCAGACAGGUUUGCAACAUACAUUGAUGUUCAGGCUUCCUACAGAUAUAAACCAGAUCAGUGGAAUUACUUCAGGCAGUUCUGCAGACCUGGUUUUAACAAUCCUCGCAAGUCUGUUACUCAAGUUCUACGUGAUGAAGAUUGUCCGUCGAUGAUCAUUCCAAGCAGGCCUUUUCUUAAGAGAUGCUUCCCAGACUUCUCCACGAAGAAUGGUGUGCUAACUGUGGCAAAUCAGACUACGUUCAAAGAUGGAAGAGGGAAAAUGAGAAAUGUAACUGAUCUCAGGGAAGCUGCAAAUGGCAUCAAUAAUGUCCUGGAUGCAAGAUCAGUUGGAGUGAAAAUCUUUGAAGACUAUGCCAUUUCUUGGUAUUGGAUUUUAAUUGGGCUGUUCAUUGCAAUGAUUGUGAGUCUGCUCUUCCUUGUGUUAUUGAGGUUCACAGCUGGGGUUCUUUUCUGGAUUUUCAUCUUUGGUGUGAUUGGAAUUAUAGGUUAUGGCAUCUGGCAUUGUUACUGGGAGUAUGACCAUCUUAAAGGAAUACCUGGAUCUGACCUCACUGUCUAUGACAUUGGAUUCCAGACAGACUUCAGAGUGUACUUGCAACUGAGACAAACAUGGUUAGCAUUUAUGAUAAUACUUUGUGUUGUUGAGAUCAUCAUCAUAUUGAUGCUCAUCUUCCUACGGAAUCGCAUCCGGAUUGCUAUUGCACUGCUGAAGGAAGGUAGUAGGGCUAUUGGCUAUAUAAUGUCUACCUUGUUCUACCCAAUUGUCACCUUCAUACUCAUUGCAAUCUGUAUUUCUUACUGGGCUGUGACAGCUGUUUUUCUGGCUACAUCAGGAGAACCUGUGUAUAAAGUAAUGGCUAAUGAAACACUGUGCAAGUAUGCAAACCUGACUUGUGACCCAGAGACUUUUAACACAACCAACGUGACUAAAUUGUGUCCAGGUGCUCAGUGUACUUUUGCUUUUUAUGGAGGAGAAGGCUUGUACCAUAAGUACAUCUUCAUUUUCCAGUUAGCCAAUGCCUUUGUCUUUCUCUGGCUGGUGAACUUUGCAAUUGCACUGGGUCAGUGUACCCUUGCUGGUGCCUUUGCCUCUUACUACUGGGCCUCUCGAAAACCAGCUGAUAUUCCACUGUGGCCACUCUUCUCUUCAUUUGGACGAGCAAUACGAUACCACACAGGUUCACUGGCAUUUGGAGCCUUAAUUCUUGCAAUUGUCCAGCUUAUUAGAAUAAUACUGGAAUACUUGGAUCACAAACUGAAAGGUACACAGAACUCCUUCACUAGAUUUCUACUCUGCUGCCUCAAAUGCUGUUUCUGGUGUUUGGAAAAAUUCUUAAAAUUUAUAAACAGAAAUGCCUACAUCAUGAUUGCAAUAUAUGGUAAAAACUUCUGCACCUCGGCAAAGGACGCGUUCUAUCUGCUCAUGCGGAAUGUGGUGAGGGUUGCAGUUCUGGACAAAGUCACAGACUUUCUUUUAUUCCUGGGGAAAAUUCUCGUGGCUGGUGGUGUAGGUGUUCUUGCAUUCUUUUUCUUCACACAGAGAAUACCAGUCUUUGCACAGGAGGCACCAACUUUAAAUUACUACUGGGUACCAUUACUGACAGUCAUUAUCGGCUCCUACCUAGUUGCACACGGGUUCUUCAGCGUCUAUGCAAUGUGUGUUGACACGCUUUUCCUCUGCUUCUGUGAAGACCUGGAAAGAAAUGAUGGAUCUACAGCAAAACCCUACUUCAUGUCAGCUAGCCUUCACCGAAUUCUAGGGAAGAAGGAGCUAAGCCCUAAGAAGGCAGUGGGAUAACUUACAUUCAGCCUCAACAUGAAGACAGUGUCACUUUUCAGCAAAACAUGUAUAAAGUAGGCAAAAGUAAAAACUGUAAAUGAU